UUUAGUUUUGUCUAAUGAUUUUAAUCGCUUAUUUUGUUGCAUAUUUAAAAAAAUUAUUCAAUGUACUAAAUGAAACAGAUAUUUUAUAUUUGUUGUUUGAUUGUAUGAACCGACUUUAUACAUAUUUAUUAAUCAAUAUGCGAAAUCAUCACGAACGAUCACGUAAAUCGCAAUGGUAUGGGUUAGACGUUAACUUCUGUUCAUUUGUAUUAGGAGUAUUUCUAACGUCCAUAUAUUUUUGUUAUAUUGCUGAGCCAACGAUUGAAUAUAAAAUAACUGUGGAAAAAAUUGGCAAAAAAUUAAAAUAUUCAAAUUAUUUUUCGUAUUCAGACUUUUUGUCCGUAAUGCUUGUAUUAAUUGUGGUUUAUUUAAUAGAAACUUACCGUCAAUCCAAAGUGAAACAACAAAAGAAACCAGUAGAAUUGUACGACGACCAUACAAGAUUAUUUUUAGUCCGUCCACAUGAUCAAGCAGCUACCUACAGAGAAAUGAAAAAUUUUGGUCGACUUUAA